AUGUAUGUUGAUGACUUCUCCAUAUAUGAGAUUUCUUUUAUCCUUAGAAACCAACUUGAAAACUUCAUUGCUGAUGUGAGAGCUGAUUCAAGUUUUGUUAGUUGUAAUGAUCUUGGUAGUCUUGCUGUGAAGAUGGUUCGGACUGAUAGACACAUGGUCUUUCCUUUGGUAUAUCGUCUUAUUGAGUUGGCAUUGAUUUUGCCUGUUGCAACCGCAUCAGUGGAAAGAGCUUUCUCAGCUAUGAGUAUUAUCAAGACUGAGUUGGGGAAUAAGAUGGGUGAUGAUUGGUUGAAUUUUUCCAUGGUCUGCAAUAUUGAGCGAGAAAUAUUUGCAAAGGUUGAUGAUGAUGCUAUUAUAUAUCGCUUUCAAUCCUAUAGAUGUCGCAAAGGAACUUUACCUCAUCGUAGUAGUGUUGGCUCUUCUUCCACCGUUGAUCAACUUAUGGACGACGCUGAUGAAGCAAGCCACUGA